AUGUUGAUUUUAGCAUCACUUGGUAGUUGGUUACCUUUUGCAAUUGUUGGUUUAUUUAUAAUAUUCUUUUCAAUUAUAUUUACAUUACGUUAUCAACAAAAACGAAAUCGAGAUUAUUUAGUUACAUUAGUUUGUUCAACUUCAUUGAUUAUUGCUUUAUUAACAUCAAGUUUAUUACCAACUGAUGUUAUUCUUGUAUCAUUUAUGAAAAAUCCAAAUGGAACAUUUAAAGAGUGGACAUCAAAUCAAACAACACGAGAUCAUAUUCAAAAAUAUGUCGAAGUUGGAUAUUAUGUUUUAUAUGGUCUUGUCAUUCUUUUGGCUUUUAUUGUUAAUCCAUUUCUCUUUUUCUAUUAUGAAGAAAAAGAAGAACAAGAAGAAACAUCAAAACGAAUACGUUCAGCAAUUAAAUGGACAAUUGGUUUUUUAAUUUUUCUUAUUAUCUUAAUCAUACUUGGAAUCUUUGUUCCUCAAUUGGCAACAUUACCAUCAGAUAAUUCAACAAGUGAAUGGGAUCAUGUAAAAUAUCUAAUUGAUCAUUUUGAUAGUUCAAGAAUUGAAGAUUCAAUUUCAUUUACAAUAUUUACUUUAAGUAUUAUUGGAUUUCUUCUUUUAACAAUCUAUACAGGUUAUGGUUCUAUUGCUUGUCCAUUAUCAUUAAUUCGUGGUAAACGUAGUGCACGUUUACAACAAGCAACUAUUGAAGAACAACGUACUGAUAUACACAAUCAAAUACGAAUAUUAAAAACUCGAUAUCCACGUCAUAUUCCAAUGCCAGAUCGUGAAAAACGUAAAUUAGCUGAACUUGAACAACAAGAUGCAGCUUUAUGUCGAAAUGAAGAAUUAAUAAUAAAUAUUCGACAAAGUUUUUGUUUUAAAUGUCGUUAUAUAUAUCGACCAAUACAAAUAAUUCUUGGAACUCUUUUAUUUUUCUUUGCUAUACUUAUAUUUAUUUCACUUUUAUUAAGUAAUAUUAAUAAAUGUAUUAAUUUUAUAAAUUUUAAACAAAUAUUUGCACAAGGCAAUCAAACAUUACCAAAUCCUAUUGAUAUUGUUUUAACAUGGACUGGAAAAUUUUAUCCAAUCAGUUAUAUAUUUCUCACUGGUUUAAUGGUUUAUAUUAUUUUAACAUCUCUUUAUGGUUUACAACAAAUUGGUAUUUGGUAUUUUUGGAUUCGAAUGUAUCGAUUUUCUCGUGGAGGAACUAAACCACAAGCUAUAUUAAUGCUUUGUUCAUUAUUAAUGUUUAUUGUGGUUGCAAUUAAUGUAUUUGUUUAUCUUCUUAUUCCUCAAUAUGCAAUUUAUGGUGAUCAACAUUAUUCAGUAAUUAAUAAUAACGGAACGGUUAUUAUUCAAUCAUGUACGCAAUUCGUAACAACAAAUGAAUGUCAAAUGACCGUAAUGGGUCGUAUUAUACUUCGAUUUUUCUAUAAAGUUUGGUUUUUUGGAGCAAUUUAUUUUUGUCUAAGUUGGUUAUUUCUUAUUAUCUUUGUCGGUAGUUUUCUAUUGAAAUUAAUUCGUAAUCGUGAAUCAAAUAUUCACGAAUAUACUGUCGAAAGUUUAUUAGAAAAUGAAGAUGAAACUGAAGAUGAACCAUUAAUCGAGUGA